AAGAAUAUUUACAACUUAUCAUAAAAAUGACUGCAAAUUAUCAGGUUUCGGUUUCAUUUUUCCUAGUCUGACUCACUCUCGUCCCUCCCUCCCACGCCCAUAUACACACAUUUACCCUCACAAGCACACUCUGAACUCAAUGCUAGACUGAAACCGAAGGAUCUUUUAAAAAAUAAAACACAUUUCUUGGUCUGUUUUUUUUUGUUAUUUAUUGAAACUGAGAUAAACUAAUUACUUUACAGCAGUGACUCACAAAAAGGAACUUGUAACUUUUUUUCCAUUUUGGCACAACCUGUUAGAUAUCGGUUGUGCUAAAACAAAUCUAAUAUUUAAUUUUAAUUUACACGGUAUGUAAAUGAGUUAACUCUUUCAACGCCGUACACACGGGGCAUGUCCUCGUACAGAAUUUAUUUGUUCGAUACCUGAGCCCCCAGUAUGUGCCCAAAGCAACAUGGAUCCGCAAAACAAAAAAAAUCCGAGAACCCAGCGGAGGUAAGAAAGCUUGUACCUUACCUAUCUUGAGUUAUUCAUUACAGUAAACACUGAAAUAGAAUUAACUAGGGUGAAGGAAGCAAGGACUGUCACUUCUCAAGUGAUUGUUCUGAUUUAACGCAAUACUCUAAGUACCAUAACAACCUAUGCCCUUUGCACAGGUUAGAGUGCAAUGAGGUCUCCUUUCACCGUAUCUCAGCACACAGUGGGUUACUGCUGCAGCAAUCUACAAAAAGUAUUACAGCUAUAAGACAUCUCUUUUUCUAUGAGAUGCCAAUUAAAGAAAUUUACCUUAUGGACUGUCACCAAAGCUUUAUUUCGCAAAAAGCGAACUAAUAUAUCUAUUAAAUACUGAAAUAUUAAAUAAUUGUCAAUUUUCGUAUACUUUUUGUAUUUUAAUUUAUAUGCCCGUCUUGUACCCCGAUGCUAUGUAAAUUAACCUCUGCAGCCACUCCAUGGAAUAAAUCCCUCUGUGUGCAUGCGCACGUAUAGCAAGUCUCUAUAGAUGUUAAAGCACACAUGAGUAUUUCCAAGGCAUCAUGCGACAGCAACAUCUCCCUGAACACGUAAGUGCAGGACAGGUAAUUAUGCAUAUAUUUGCAAAUGCUGAUGCCAAUCAUUGAUUAUGGGGAUGUAGUAUAUGCACCUGCACCGCAAUCCCACAUUAAUAAUCUCAAUACAUUGUAUAACACGUUCUGCCGAUUUGUGCUACAAUGUGAUUACAGGACUCACCAUUGUGACAUGCUAAAAUAACUAAACUGGUUGUCACUGGAAUUCUGACGCACCCUUGAUCUUUCCAGCCUUGUGUUUAAGAGCUUUUCUGGGAAACUCCCACCCUACCUGAGCAGAAUGAUCUCCCGACUGUUCCCACCUCCUAUAACCUCCGAUCCAGUACCAACACUUUAUUUAGUCUACCUCAAUACAAAAAGAAAGUGGCCCAAUCCUCCUUCUCCUACAGAGCAUCGCAAUUGUGGAACGACCACCCGCACACUUUAAAAUCUUCCCCAAGCCUAAAGUCCUUUAAGAGAUCCCUCUCUACAUAUCUCAAAACAGAAUGCACCUGUCAUGGCUGAUUAUAUAUUUCAUACCUGUUCCAUGUUACAUUUUGUAUAUAUUGUGUUACAUUUUGUAUAUAUUUAAUAUUGUUUUUGUAUUUUAUUGUACCAUAAUGUAUCAAUGCAAUGUUUUGUGGACCCAGGACAUACUUGAAAAAGAGAGAAAUCUCAAUGUAUCCAUCCUGGUAAAAUAUUUUAUAAAGAAAUAAAUAAUAUUCAAUCAGCAAACACUUUAAUACAAUGUAUUGCAGAGAUGGAACGAGGAACUGAGACAGUUCUGUUUUAAAAGCACAAGUGAAACAGGGGAAUAUCAGGUCUUGUAGCCACUGAGAUAAAACCCAGAUUUCUGUUCUUUAUGUAUCAAGGGACAGCAUCGCCUGCUACACAUUAGGGAUUAUUUACUAAACUGGUAUUUAUGGAGAACUGGCAGGAGGUUUUGAAACGUCAUUCCAAAAUAGCAGAGUUAGAUCAGAUAAAAAAAGAUCAACUCGCAGUAUUCUCAGGGGUUUUUUAAAUACAAUUUUUACAAUGUUUGGCAGAAUGUUUACACAUAUUUCGGAAUCCAGGAAGUAGUGAAUAACAUAAGAUUGUAUUUCUUCCUUUUCAUGUGAUCUGUGUAAAACCGCCCCCUGUGGGUGGCUGGUUUCUCUGUGUCAUUUAAAUUAAGCCAGAACAUGUUGUAACAGGAACAGAUCAGCUGGCAGUGGCAAAUCUACUUCUCAGUCUUACUAUCAGGUAAGUGAUUGCAUUAUUGUAAAGAAGGAACCCGCUUAAUGCGAAUUGACAUUUGUAUCAUUUUUACAUUCUAUGCUAGUGAGAAUGUUAUUACUGUAUCUACCAAGAGACCUAGAAAUUUAAGGGAAAGUCCCUAUGUUUUCAUUAACUAGACUUCAGAUUGCAGUUAACUGAAAUUGGAAUGGCAAAAUAAAGGCUAAUUUUCCAAAUUAACUAUAAUUACUGAUUAGCAAUUAUAUACUUGAAAGUUUACUCAGAGCAUCAUAACCACUGCAGCCUGUUGAUGCCAGGAGUACAUGGCACUGUUCUUUGGGGUAUUCAUUUUGCAACAGUUUGCCCUCCUACCUGCGAGGCACGGAGACUGACAUAUAGCUUUAAAAAUAAAUAAAUAAAAAUGUAAACACACACACACAUUGGUGUUGUGGCAGGCUUGUACAUAUAUGACAAAGCCCCAUUAUUUUUGCCAAGUCAGAUGUUUUUUUUUAAAUAUUAAAAACUUUCUGAGCUUUGAAGUUGGCAUUUAGCGGAUGUGUUGUAUGUUGUAUUAAAUGGCCCCAGGAGCACUCUUACAAUGUAUGCAUGUUUAAGUGAGUACAGCCUUCCUGGUUUCCUAUGUAAAUAUAUUUGGGAGUCUGACCAACACCCAUGGCUUUGCACCCCUCACGGUCACAGGUACCUCAUUCAAUGGCCCUAUUUAACCUUGUACUGCAGAGAGCUCUAGAAGGAAGCAUUUUCCAAGUAAGUAGGGUUUUUAAAAAAAGACUAUUAAACUCGCUACAAACCUGGGUUUGUUGAAUAACGCUGCCCACGUUUUGCACAACCUGAGAUUAUGUUUUAAAGGGAUGUUAAUAAGAAAAUGUUUCAUUUUCUAUAAAUUGUUCACUUGUUUUAGACGUUUUUAUCUCCUGCUCUGUAAAGGAGGCUCCUGCAGGAUCUAGAAGGGUCUUAACAGAGAAGAAAGUAGGGAAUUCUAAAUUAAACAGAAUACGCAAUAAAGGAAGUUUAAACAUUAGAUAUAUUUUUGAAGGAAGUGUUUAGGAAAGUUGUGUAAGUCACAUGCAGGGAGGUAUGACUAGGGUUGUAUAAACAAAGCGAUUUAACUCCCAAAUGGCAGACAACUGAGCAGUGAGACUGCAGGGGCACUAUACACCAAAAUCACUCAAUUAAGCUAAAGUUGUUUAGGUGCCCAUAGUGUCCCGUUAAGGAUUUGUACAAUGAGAGACUUGUUAAUUUCCCACAAUGCAAAUUGGCCAGGUAUCCAGAGAUGGCAACAAGGGGUUCUGACAAAGUUACACUAGCAGCAGUUUUUCUAAUUUGCUACUUGCUACCUACCAAUUGUGCCUCAUCCCAUUGUCCAACUGAUCAUGUUUUAACUUAAUUUGAUGCCUACCCCACAUCCCAGAUAUCAAGACAUAUUCUGUCCUAACGAACAAUAACAAUGGACAAUACUGUAGGAUGCCUACUCAGUGUUCUCCUGACAUAAGACAGUGGAUAGUAUUUUCUCACUAAAAAGUGAACCCCAUUAAUACUGAUUUGCAAAACAACAUGCAAAUAUAUGCAACGGGUUCAUUUAUGAAAGUAAGGGGUAACCCCAGAGGCAAAAAUAAAAUCUGUUGAUUUCUCCAAAGAAACAAAGACAAAUGUUAAAACUUAGCGUUUAUUACAUUAAGAUUAAAAAUGCAGUUUAAUAAAUCUAGAGUGGAAAAUCGAUCCCAAAGAAAAAGAGAUAGUAUGAAAGUUAUAACAAAAGACAUAAAGUGUUAUUACAUUUGUUAAAGUGGGUGAAUUUCUCCAACUGAAAAAUGUGAAAUUAUGUUAAUUCUAGAAAGUUUAACAAAGUGAAAGCCUAGUAUAAAAGUAAAGUGUCAAGGUAGUGAAGGGGUUAACCCUAAAUGCAAGUAUGAUUGAAAAGAAGAAGAAAGAACCCUACCUAAAAGAUAUAGUCUAAAAUGUAACUUUUAAUAGUGAAAAAAAUACAAAGUGAUCAUUUCACACAUUUAUUCUUAGUAAGUCUAGAUAUAUGCAUACCAAGACAUAGAGAGAUAAUGUGAAAAAAUUUAAGAUUUAAAAAAAUGGACAGACAGUAUCUAGAUAUCAAAGGUGUGGUUAACAAUGUCUAUAUAGAAACUGUCACUGUAACAGAGUACUCUUGACAAAUUGCAACAGUAGACAACCACAAUAGCAGACAGUUUCUAUAUAGACAUUGUUAACCACACCUUUGAUAUCUAGAUACUGUCUGUCCAUUUUUUUAAAUCUUAAAUUUUUUCACAUUAUCUCUCUAUGUCUUGGUAUGCAUAUAUCUAGACUUACUAAGAAUAAAUGUGUGAAAUGAUCACUUUGUAUUUUUUUCACUAUUAAAAGUUAAAUUUUAGACUAUAUCUUUUAGGUAGGGUUCUUUCUUCCUCUUUUCAAUUAUGUUAAUUCUAACCUCAAUAUAUCCAUAUUAAAGGAACAUUAUAGGGUCAGGAGCACAAACAUGUAUUCCUGACCCUAUAGUGUUAAAACCACCAUCUAGCCCCCCUGACCCUGACUUGCCUACCUAAAUAUAGCUAAAUCUUACCCUUAUACCAGUCUGCUGCUGGCUCUGUCCCUAAUCUGCCUGCUUGGCAGGCAUCAGCAGAAGUGGUGAUCUGAGCCAAUCACAAUGGUUUCCCAUAGGAAAGCAUUAGAUUGGCUGAGACUGUUAAGGACGCAGAUCAGGGGCAGAGCCAGCACAAGCCAAACACAGUCCUGGCCAAUCAGCAUCUCCUCAUAGAGAUGUUUUGAAUCAAUGCAUCUCUAUGAGGAAAGUUCAGUGUCUCCAUGCAGAGGGUGGAGACACUAAAUGACAGUGCUGCACAGUGCACAGUGUGCAGCACUGCCCCAGGAAGCACUUCUAGUAGCCGUGGGAGGAGUGGCCAGUGGAGAUCUCUAGGCUGUAAUGUAAACACUGCAUUUUCUCUGUAGUUGUUCUGGUGACUAUACUGUCACUUUAAGCUGUAGUAUAAGUUUCAACAUUACAUUGUGGUACUAGCUUACAAUGAGGCAACUGCAGCAAUGAAGCAAUAUAUGUUAAACUUCCCAAUUACAAAUUUUUAAUGAAGUAAUAAGGGAGGUGAAAAAAAGAACACUCCAAUAAUAGCAAAGCUGAAAGUCAGGAAUUAAAUGAUUUUCUAAAUACACAGGUGUACGGCUGAAUGUUCUAUCAUCAGUUAUCAGUUACUACAACUACCCUCAAUUAGUUUACCAUAUGCGGGAACGGUUAGCUGCCUGACAAUAUUAAAUUACAAGGAUCCUCAACAUCUGAGACUUAUAGGGCACCUAUGGAGAUCUCUAAUAUUUAGUAUUAAAAGAGGGGUAUCUGCCUAAACGAUACUGUAAUUAAUCACAUAUAAUAGUGCCUUCAAGGGCACCUAUCCCACAUGCGCUAGGCUGUGAUCAUCCAAAAAUAAAGCAUAAUAUAUAUAAAAAUUAAGUAAAGAAAAUACUUACUGCAAGCCUGAUUAAUUGACACUUACAAUUAGUCUGCCUAUAAGGGCUUAUUGCCUAAAUAGUGUUAACAUAAGAUAGUGAAUACUCUCUCUACAGCGGCACCUAUCCUGUCGAUCAGGUAAAUUAAUAUCUCAACUAUUGUAGAGAAUCCAAUAUAUAUAUAUAUAUAUAGAGAGAGAGAGAGAGAAAAAACAGUGUACCAGAUAAUAAUUCUCCAAAACAAUAAAGAAAAGUGAAUUAAAUAAAUAAAAAUAAAAUAAUUUCAACUAAACAGCCAGUAUUAAUCUAGGCUCUCCAAAUUGAUAUAAUUUGUCAGCAUGGUGGAAAAUAAUUAUAACACAGCUUGUUUAGCCAUUCCUGACGCGUUUCGCCAUUACACGGUAACGCUUUAUUUAAUGCUGACCACUACAAGCUGGCAGAAUCACAAAAGGAAAAAAAAACCUGACUGUUACAGGAAAGAAGCACCAGUACACAUGAUCGAAACAGCAACAUCCCUAUGGCCCUUGAUAAAUGGUGUCAAAACUCAAACAUGCAAUAUUGUCUGUGUUUACCAACGUGAAACCUUUACUUUGAAAAGACAGGGGUUUUUUAAGUCCACUGCCGAUUUUAGAAACCUAGUGUAGGAUCUGAUAUUAACCUGGGGUUGGGAGGGGCGGCAUAUAAAUAUCCCUGAUGCCUAUCCCUUCACCCAGUAUGCAAGGCAGAGGCCAAAGUUGAGUAUAUAUUCCUCCUCCGGCAAUAUGUGCCCUGGUGAGCCAGGACUGAACUGGAUUGGGAAUGCAUUUGCUAAGUCUUAUAAUAAACAUUUGAAAGAAAAUAGAUGAACUUAUGAAAAAAAGGUUAUUUUAACACGCUAUAGGUGAUUUUCAGUGUUUUAUUCAAUAGUGUAAUUUCCAGAUAUCUGAUUGUUGCAUUUUAAUAAAACCCCAUGAAAUGACAUUAAUCUUAGAACAAUGCCACCAGAACUUCAGAUCUUUCACUAACAGUGUCACUAUGAUACCACUAUUUCUCAUUUCAGAUUGACAAUAUGGCCAAUUCCGUAAAAACCUUUGUGUUUAUGGACUUGGAAGCAACAGGCCUUAAUAAUGAGAAUCCAAAAAUAACGGAGAUCUGUUUAGUAGCUAUCCAUGUCUCCUCCUUGGAGAACUCAGUUACCAAUAGUUCCGGACAUCCACAGCUACCUCGCAUCCUGGACAAGCUGAGUCUUUGUGUUGACCCAGGGAAGCCCAUCAAUGGUUUUGCUUCCAAAAUAACAGGUCUCAGUAACACAAAUCUUGGAAACAAUGAGAAGCAACACUUCAACUCUUGCCUCUUUAACAUCGUAAGUGAAUUCUUAAUUCGCCAAGCUCAACCUGUAUGUCUUGUAGCUCACAAUGGCUUUUCCUACGACUAUCCCCUCCUGAAGUGUGAACUGCAACGACAAAAUAUAGAUCUUCCCAGUUCUUUGCUGUGCAUGGACUCUCUCAAAGUGUUCCAAAACCUGGACAAUCAAGGAAGUAACGGGGAAAGAAAAAGCUACGCUCUUCCAAAUAUCUACAAACGUUUUUUCGGAGAGGAACCUGUAAAUUCUCAUUAUGCAGAAGGAGAUGUAUUGACUCUCAUUAUGGUCUUCCUGUCAAAAACAAAUCAAAUACUGGAGACUGUCUCCACCCAAUGUAAGAAUUGGGGAGAAAUAAAGUCGAUGUAUUGACAAUUGGGACUCUAAUGUGGUGGGAAGCAAUGGCAACUCUGUUCCCUUACUAUCUUUGCAUAGGGAACUGAGUUCCCAAUCUUCUCAUUAUUGAACUGAGGGGCACUGCUUAUUGCUUACAAUGCCGGAAAAAUCAUACUUUGAAAUUUCAGCGAAGAAAAUGGCGUAUCUUUAUUCAUUCUUAAUCAGCAUUUACAUCCCAAGUGCUCUGUAUAUAAUCCUGUUCUCUGAAACUGCUAUGUUUAUUAAAAAAUGGGUUAACCCUAGCUGGACCUGGCACCCAGACCACUUCAUUAAGCUGAAGUGGUCUGGGUGCCUAGAGUGGUCCUUUAAUAUAUAGCUUAUGUUGUCAUAUCUUUCAUAUUACAUUUAAAAAUAUUAAUCCUAAUUUCAGAAUUUGAAAUGUUUGUAGUUUUAGUACUCGCCUAUUUAAUUUGAAUGCAAUAAAAUAUUUUCCAGAAUGAAUGCCUUCCAGUGUUGAGCGUACAUGUCGGUGAGACAGUUGGUUUCUUAAGUAAAACAGCCGAAAAUGUUAUGCAAAUUGCAGUCAAUAUUUCGCUCUUCUGAGGUUUUCACAAUACCAGUCCGCGAUGCUUGCAAAUCCAGAAGCUCCCAGAGGACCACUGGAGUUGGAGACCUGUUUCAGAUACAAGAGUAAGAAUCUUUGGAAACAAGCAAAAAUAUCUCAGAUGAUGAGUCUGGACUGGCUGAUGCAAGGAAGCCUGUAAUACAGCUUCACGUAGUGGCCAGUUUGAAAAAUACACCAGAGCACAAGUGAAAGAGUAGAAGUAAUUAUGUUAAAGGAUAGAUUUUUACAUAAGAUAAUGUGGUCGCAGGUUGAACAUCUGCUUUUCUCUUAACUUAACAUAUUCAAUAAGGAAAUACGCUUAC